AAUUUAUUUAAACCGACCCCAGACCCUCUUGCUGCGACGUCGUUUCAUUCAACUCACUCCUUCUUAUAAAACCAAACCUCCUCAAACACUCCACAUCCUUCAUCAUCUUUUCUCUCCACCAUCUCUCUCUCUCUCAAAGCUCUGAGAAGGAAGAAGAGGAAGACGAAGAACGAACCUUUUUGGGGGUAAUUCCAGCUUCACUACUGUACCCCUCACCGUUGAUUCUUGCAAAUCUUUUUCUCAUGGCAGCCGUUAACGGAUACCCAGACAACACUCCCGUUGGCCCCAACACCUCUCCGGCUAAACAGUCUCUGCCUCCCGCGAAGACCGUUGACUCUCAGUCUGUUCUCAAGAGGUUGCAAUCUGAACUGAUGGCCUUAAUGAUGGGUGGAGAUCCUGGGGUAUCUGCCUUCCCUGAAGAAGACAACAUAUUUUGCUGGAAAGGAACAAUUACAGGAAGCAAAGAAACUGUAUUUGAAGGCACAGAAUACCGGCUAUCACUCUCUUUUUCAAAUGAUUAUCCUUUCAAGCCUCCCAAGGUCAAGUUUGAGACCAGUUGCUUCCAUCCUAAUGUGGAUAUCUAUGGCAACAUUUGUCUGGACAUUCUUCAGGAUAAAUGGUCAUCUGCCUAUGAUGUUAGAACCAUUCUACUCUCCAUUCAGAGUCUUCUUGGAGAACCCAAUAUAACUUCGCCUUUGAAUACACAAGCAGCUCAACUUUGGAGCAAUCAAGAGGAAUAUAGAAAGAUGGUGGAGAAGUUAUACAAGCCUCCAUCAGCAGCGUGAAAGAUGGAUAAUAUAUACAUAUGGAACCACUUAUUUUAAGAGUGUUUAAUUCUUUAUUCCUGCUCUGUUUCAUCAUCAUAUGGAACCACUUAUUUUAAGAGUGUUUAAUUCUUUAUUCCUGCUCUGUUUCAUCAUCAUAAGAGGAAUUUCAUCAUGUACGUUUUAGAUGAAUCCAUCGAGGCAAUUCGUUUUAAAUUUUAAAGUUUAUAUUUAGCACGGUUGUUUUUAUAUGUUGAAAAGGUCAACCGAAACAUACAAUACCCAAUUGAGGCAAUUCGUUUCAAAUUUUAAAGUUUUAUUUA